AUGGACACCCGGACCGUGGUACUCAUUACACUUUUAGCUUUAGGUUCAUUACAACCAUGUGAUGGUGCUCGAAGAACAGCGCAAAGGAGAAGGGAUUCGAGUCUAGAACUGGACGUGCCAGUCCCGAGCGCCGAAAGCUUGCAAGCGAUCGCACAGGUCAUGGGUGCCGCUGGGUUUGAAACCUACACUGAAGGCAAGACUCUCGUGAAGCGGCUAAUACCGGAUAACAGUCAACCAGAUUUGGACGUCGUCGAACAUCAAGGUAUCAUCGGCAAGGCAGGAGUGGACUUUCCAGCGUUCCCAAGCAUCCCUAAAACGGGAUUCAACUGCAAGAAUGUGCCUACUGGAUACUACGCUGAUCUGGAAACCGAUUGUCAGGUUUUCCACAUCUGCGACACAUCUCGCAAGAUUUCGUUCCUGUGUCCAAAUGGUACCAUCUUCAGCCAGUCGCAUUUAAUUUGUGAUUGGUGGUUCAAGGUGGAUUGCGCAUCCGCUCCAGCCCUAUACGAGUCCAGUGCCGAAUAUUACUCCAACGAGCAGAAAAAGACUCAAAGAACAACCCAAAGUCCAACAAAAAUCCCCGACCUCCAGCAGAUCAGCGAAAACAACAUCAGAACUGCACCUCGACGAGCAGCCUUUAAUAUUCCCAGUACCACUGAAAGAUUGUUAAGAUAUCAUCAAAGGCAAAGUGAAGUCCCUGCUAACAUUGCAAAAUCAACAUCGGAAAGUUUUCAAGCCCUUUUUCCAGAGGUAAACACAAAUCCUACGCAGAAAACCCAAGCAACGACAGCGUUCGAAAAGAGAAGAAAAAAUUUAGUUCAGUUAAUAGCAAACAACUUAGCUAAUCUUCCAAAAAGAACCACUCUGCCAGAAUUUGAGUUUUCCACGCGACGAUCUACGACUGCAGGAGAUUACAUCGGUUUUAGAGAAAUGCAAAUAGCUGCAGAGACCGCAUCAUUCGCUCAAAAUCAAAACAGACAGUUAUUACAAGAAUACAAUAAAUCAUAUCGCCCUUACCCAGUUUAUACACCAAACCUUACAGCUGGUAACGAUAAAAGCAAAACUAACCCAACAUUAACUACAUUGUAUGACUUUAGAGACAAGAUAUUGCCACAAUUUUCUGAGGAAACCACAACUAAAAGGGCAACUUUGUUGCCAUACGACAUGGGAUUUACAAAGGUAAAUAAUAAACAAGAACCGUACACCAGGCCUGGUGUGUCUACUUUAAAGGAUUUCCUUGAGAAAGAAAGAAAUAAAACGUUUUCAACAACUGAAACAAGUACAAAAACUAGCAAACGAGAUAGUAGUAAUGAAGAUAAAAAGCUUACAAUUGAGAGUAAAAGCAGUUUUGUGACCAUGAUACCAGAUGUAGCCCAUGAAGAGAAUGAUUACAUUGAAACAUUAUCAUCAGAUAAAACAGACACAUAUACAACAAACCAUGUCCUAGAAACAACAGAACCAACAUUUACUCCAACCGAAAAAUACUACGGUAAUUUACCAAAUAGACCUGGUCUUAUAGUUCCACCAUCUUUAACACCAAAAACUCUUCACUCCCUUGCUAUUUACUAUGCUACAGGAUUGGAUAAUUUUGCAACAUCAGCACCAUCAGAAGAGGUGGAAAGUACUACUGCGACAAUUGAUGAAUAUGAAGCCGUGCAAGACGGAUUACCAGCACUAUUCAGUCGACAAACUAUUAAUAAAUAUAGCAACCUAUUUGGACAAGGUAACAAUAAUGAUGAGUUGCUAGAAGAACUAAAACUUGAUCCCAAUGGUACUUAUAACGAAUUGGCUAGGGAUUUAUCAACGCAAAUGAGUCAGUAUCCGCUAGUCACAUCUCCACAAAUUAGAGAAUUAGCUCAAGUAUUCACGCAUGCCCUUUCCGCAUAUCUUCAAGACCCAGUUCAAUUUAGAAAAGUUCUUUCGGAUAUCAGACCUACACCUCCAAAUUUCGGUGAAAUGUUGACUACAGAUGAAUUAUUAUACAACACAGCGCCCACAACUACCGUCAAUGAAGACGAUCAAGAAAUACUUGGAUUCUCUGAUGACCAUAAAGCGAGAGCACCAUUAACUUCAUUGAGGGAAGGAAAGUCAGUAAAAAUUAAUUCAGAAUACAAUUCAAUAAGUGAUACGACUACAACUACAACUCCAGUUUCAAGUACCACAGAUAUCAUUACGACAUCAUCAACGACAACCACAGCUAGAACACCUUUCAGGUGCUGUGGUAGAAUAUCAGCGUCAUACACUUCUGCUGCUCCACCCAAGGAACCUCCUACUUCAUCAGUUUCAUUCACAAAUAAUGAAGCAGCUCAAGUAAACUUACCAAAGAAAAUAAGUGAUAAUGCUAUUUCUACCACUGAAAACAGUUAUGCUGCUCAAAAAUACGGUGGAUUCCAAAAUAACGUACAUUCGUUAAGCAAUUCACAAUACCGUGAAGAUUCAGAAACCUUUAAACCACUGAAUGAUUAUACAGAAAUAACAAACCUACCUUCCGCUUGGGGAGUUGAUGCUACUUUAACCCCCGUCACAAACGGUAAUAUUUUCGAAAGCAAACGAAUCAAAUUUUCUACUUACACACCUGAAACCACACCGACAUACUUCACAAAAACCGAAAGUAUUGAAUUAGAAAAUGAAGAGGAACUUCAAAGAGCCCACAGCCAAUCAUUCGUUUCACCACAAGGUAAUAGUGUAAGACAAGGGAAACAACUUAAUGUAGACGGCUCAAAAGGCAACACUAAGACACCUUCAGAAAAUUUGGAAGCACCUACGCCGACGAAUAUAGACACAACUACAACAUCGACUACCACUAUCCAACCAACAACAACUGUAAAAGAUAACACAGAAUCUCAAACCACAUCAUCCCCUCCAUUCGAUGAUACAUUUACAUCUCCUGACAGCGACAAGGCAACAUACCAACUACCUACUACCUUUGAGAAUUGGAAAAGCACCAUGGUAGUAGAUCCGAUCACUUUGAAUGACGGAUUAAGUUCAACGGAUUCUGACCAAAAUGAAUCAGAUUCACUACAACAGACUAACCCUCGGACAACAACUACUACACCGUCUCCUGAAUAUACAGAAGCAAGUUACCAAACCAGUUCAUCUACAAUAUCUGUCGAAUUACCAACACUUAGUGAAAAAACUCAAGAAAGAUAUGGAAAGCUAUUAAAGGACUCACCUACCGAAACUCCACAAGAAUUAACCACAAUUGCAGAUACAGUUGUAGAAAAAGCGAAAGAAAUAAUGGGCGGUAUGAAUACUACGACAGCAGAAAAACUUAUGAACGUAAUGAUGAAGACAAAAUCGAAAACUGUUAGAAGACUAAUUUUGUUGCUUAUUCAAACGUGUGAUGAUGAUCAUAAUUCAACUGCUGAGGCAUCUAAGAGAGCUUUACUUGAAGCUUUAAUGGCUGUUUCCCAAAAAGAUAUGGAGAACGUUGCUAAAGAGCAAGCAGCAACUGAAUUCCCUAAUACAACUCCAGAUUACGAAUACAUCAAGACAACAGUUUAUAGCGGAAGUAUGCACCUACAACCUCAAAGAUUGAAAAGCAAUAGACAGGGAAAAAGUUUAAAUUUUGACGCAAGCGCAAUUAACUCAUUAUCACAACCAACUACCACAGAAGGUGUUAAAACAGAAGAAACUGAAGUUCCAACUACAUUAAAUCCACCAACUACCGUCAACACUCGCAAGAGUUUGAAAGAAGUUGAGAUUCAAUCAUCAAUUUCCGAUGAAAAUUCUAAAUUACCCGUUAACAACUGGCCGGUGGCACAGGCUAGAGUAGAUUCACAAGCCACAAACCUAAAAGCAUCAUCAGACACGCGAGCUUUGGAACUGUUAAGAUCGCUCUAUACAAUUGCCGCAAGAUGGGGUUGA